ACCCCGCCAAUGACGUCACACAACACAGCCUUACUAAGGACGCUUCCAGAUAUUUGUUAUUGUUGACACGGGUAUACGAAGAUGAACAUUGUGACCAAGUGUCCGUCCAAACUUGGGGGUCACUCCCAGGACCACGUCCGUCUGCUGCCGCCCAACAAGCGAAUGAAGAGAAAACUCAGCCUGAGCUUUAUAUGGAGUUUGUUCACGGGGCGUAGGUCGAAGCGCUUGUCCCACAACAUGGAGUCUAAUGAAAGGGCGCCAGGAUCUUCUUUUGGAACUCCCAACAAAGAUGAGAAUAUGGAAGGGUCUGGAGCAGUGGAGGAUUUUCUCAAUACUGGGAGAACUGGUCGACGCAAUGCUAUGCCAGAUAUAAAGGACGCAGUAACAGGGUGUGUAACAGCUGCAGGUGUGGAUUUUUCCUUUGAUAAACUUUCAGUUACAGAAUCCAGGAUGUCUUGGAAUUAUUCCAGUUACUAGUCUUUCAUUAUAACUUUUAAGGAAGUAAAUUUUCAACUUGCAGAUCCAGAUGUAAAGCCUGAUUCCAGCCAAUGUCAUCCCCAAUGUCAAGAUUCUUGUCAGGAUUCACAAAAUAAGAAAUCAUAGCAUUAUGUUUGUGUGUGUGAUGUGGCAUUCUAAGUUUCCUGCAAGACUGGACCGUAGCUAACAGACAUGACCCACUCGUGUGGAACAGCCAUUGGACUGAUGGUGCUGGUGCCGGCGUCAAUUUCUGGAUGGCAGUUGUUUUUUUGUGUUACAGAAUGUUCUGCUUAAUAGUUCUAAAUGUUUUUUAAAGACUUACAUCUACAGAAAUUAGACUUGGGGGAAAUGACAGCUGUAAAACUUAAAUGGCAACAAGUUUUAUUUCAGUUGGACUUGAAUGUCGUGCCUUCCCUGGCAAAUAGUAUUUGUCUACUAAAAUGUAGCCACUAUGAUACCUUGCUCAUGGCUAUACAUAUAUAAAUAUAUAAAAUCAUCUUUGUAAAUAACUAUGUCCAAAUGUAAAUAUUUUUCUUUUAAAAUCAGUUUUUUGAAGGAAUAGUGUUUUCUUGGUUUUAAUCUUUCAGACAGUUUUUGAACUUGUCUCUUUUAACAAUAAUCUGUGGUGAAGAUGGAAUUAGUUUUUAAUUGCCUUUAUUUUAUAGUAAGGUUUUAUGUACAUAUAUUGAAAAUUCUAAAGAUUUUAGUGAAGGGUACGUAGAUUAAAACAGUACAGCAGU